GGCGGCGGCGGCGGCGGCGGCGCGGGACGCGUCACAUCCCCUUGACCCUCCAAUCACCUCGGGCUCCCAUUUGAUUGGAAGGCGGCAAAGGCUUUAAUCUCCCCCUCGGUGCAGCUGCUUUUGAAGUGAGUUUCCUCGCCAGAGCCCAGGCUGGACAGGCAGCGGCUCACAUCGCGGAGAGCAGCGCAGGCGCUAUCGCCGGGCCGCGAGUGCGCAACGCAGGGGCACAGCCCGAAGCGGACACCGCGAGCCACCCGGCACUCCCGCAGUCGGGCCGGCUCCUCCCGCUCGGCCACGGCUCCGCUGCGGGCCACCCAGGAUUAUUCGCUUCUGGCUCCAGGCGCCGAGAAGGCGCUCUGGGCGCCCGUGAUCGCCGCGCCAGCUCCUCCUCCUCCUGCUGCUGCUCCUGCUUCCCGGGCGAGCGCGCAGCCCCGAGCCCGCCCCGCGCCUCCAGGAGCCCUCCCCCCGCUGCUCCCAUGCGCGCGGGUGGGUCAUGAGCACAGCGCCCUCGCUUUCUGCCUUAAGAAGCAGUAAGCACAGCGGCGGCGGCAGCGGCAGCGGCAGUGCGGACCCUGCCUGGACCAGCGCGCUCUCUGGAAAUAGCUCCGGCUCCGGCCCCGGCCCAGGCUCGUCCCCGGCCGGCAGCACCAAGCCUUUUGUGCACGCCGUGCCCCCCUCUGACCCUCUCCGCCAGGCUAACCGCUUGCCCAUCAAGGUGCUGAAGAUGCUGACGGCACGGACUGGCCACAUUUUGCACCCCGAGUACCUGCAGCCCCUGCCUUCCACUCCUGUCAGCCCCAUAGAGCUUGAUGCCAAGAAGAGCCCGCUGGCGCUGUUGGCCCAAACAUGCUCGCAGAUCGGGAAGCCCGACCCCUCGCCCUCGUCCAAACUCUCCUCGGUCGCCUCCAACGGGGGAGGCGCGGGCGGUGCCGGCGGCGGCGCCGGGGGCGACAAGGACGCAAAGUCGGGCCCCCUCAAGCUGAGCGACAUCGGCGUGGAGGACAAGUCGAGUUUCAAGCCGUACUCCAAACCCGGCUCGGAUAAGAAGGAGCCGGGAGGCGGGGGCGGCGGAGGCGGGGGCGGCGGGGGCGGCGGCGGGGGGGUUUCGGCGGAGAAAUCAGGAUUCCGGGUACCGAGCGCCACCUGCCAGCCAUUCACGCCCAGGACAGGCAGCCCAAGCUCCAGCGCCUCGGCCUGCUCGCCAGGAGGCAUGCUGCCUUCGGCCGGGGGCGGCCCGGAGGGCAAGGACGACAAGAAGGACCCCGAGGCGGGCGGUGGCGGCAGCAAGGGCUCCGGGGGCGCCUCGGCCGAAGGGGGACCCACGGGGUUGGCGCACGGCCGGAUUAGCUGUGGCGGCGGGAUUAAUGUGGACGUGAACCAGCACCCAGAUGGGGGCCCCGGGGGCAAGGCUCUAGGAUCGGACUGCGGCGGCUCAUCGGGCUCCGGCUCCGGCUCCGCCCCAGCGCGCCCCACUUCCUCCUCGGUGUUGGGCUCUGGGCUGGUGGCGCCCGUGUCGCCCUACAAGCCGGGCCAGACAGUGUUCCCUCUGCCUCCCGCGGGCAUGACCUACCCAGGCAGCCUGGCUGGGGCCUACGCCGGCUACCCGCCCCAGUUCCUGCCACACGGGGUGGCGCUCGACCCUACCAAGCCGGGCAGCCUGGUGGGGGGCGCAGCUGGCGGCGGCCGCGCGGGCUCUCUGGGCUGCAGUAAGCCCGCCGGCUCGAGCCCCUUGGCCGGAGCGUCGCCGCCGUCCGUGUGAUGACCAGCCAGUUUGUGCCGGGACCCGUACUGCCUCAGCUACCACUGCGCCAGCCACCUGGCUGGGGCGGCGGCAGCCAGCGCCUCGUGCGCUCACGAUCCAGCCGCGGCGGCUGCGGCUCUCAAGUCCGGAUACCCGCUGGUGUACCCCACGCACACUCUGCACGGCGGUGCACUCAUCGCUAAACCGCUUGCCGCGGCUGCCGGCGCCACACCGCCCUCUCUGGCCGGCCACCCCCUCUACCCCUACGGCUUCAUGCUCCCUAACGACCCACUCCCCCACAUCUGCAACUGGGUGUCGGCCAACGGGCCUUGCGACAAGCGCUUCGCUACGUCCGAAGAGCUGCUCAGCCACUUGCGGACCCAUACGGCCUUCCCCGGGACAGACAAACUGCUGUCGGGCUACCCCAGCUCUUCGUCUCUGGCCAGCGCUGCAGCGGCCGCAAUGGCUUGCCACAUGCACAUCCCCACGUCGGGCGCCCCGGGCAGUCCCGGGACGCUGGCGCUGCGCAGCCCUCACCACGCGCUGGGACUCAGCAGCCGCUACCACCCCUACUCCAAGAGCCCGCUCCCCACGCCCGGCGCUCCCGUGCCCGUGCCCGCCGCCACCGGACCCUACUACUCCCCCUACGCCCUCUACGGACAGAGACUGACCACGGCCUCCGCGCUGGGGUACCAGUGAGGGCGGUCGGGAGGGCUGUCGAGGGAAAGAAAAGAACUGGGGGGUGGGGAAGAGCCGAGGGAGGGGCGGGAACAGGGCAGAGGCUACUGUCACCCGCGCGUGGGGAUGACCCGGGCCAGAAAAGGAAAAUACAUAUAUACCGUAUCUAUCUACCCGAAACAGCGACCGAGACCCGGUGGGAAACUCACUCCCCUUUUCCCCACCUCUCAUCUCCCCACCCAAACUUUAUAAAAGUUGAAAAAAUAUCAUUUGACUUUUUAUAGAAAAAGAAGGAAAAAAGAAUUGAGAAAGUGUUCAUCUGAGGACUGCAUCGGUGGACACUGGUAUUUAUUUAUGUUAGCUCCAAGCGGACCCGUGGUUCAAAAGUGCAUUACUUAGUUUGAGCUCCGUAGGUAAAAAGGAAGAGGGGGAAAAAAUUAAAACUUGAGGGUAAAAAUGUGGAAAACAAACCCUCCCGUCCCUUGUAGAUUAUAAAUAAAUACAAAACCGCCACAGAACUAGAGGUCUUCUCUUUAAUGUUACUUUAAAAUUGCUAUGAUUGUAUUGUACGUUCUUAUUUAAUGUCUGAUUGAAACAAAUUUACCUGCAUGUUUGUUACAAAAAAUGAAAAAA